AGAUGAAAAUAAGGAAAAGAAAGCUGAAGAAGUUGAAGUCUAAGAAGAGAAAGAUAAAGCUGAAAAAAAGAAGAAGAAGAUCAAGGAAGUUAGCACUGAAUUCGAAUAAGUUAAUAAGAACAAGCCAUUAUGAAUGAAGAAAUAAGAAGGAGUAACCAAGGAAGAAAAUGCUAAUAUCUACUAUUAAUUGACAAACGAUUGGGAAGAACAUUUGGCUGUCAAAUAAUUCUCAGUUGAAGGAGGUUUGGAAUUUAAAGCAGUUCUAUUCAUUCCAAAGAGAGCACCAUUUGAUUUAUUUGAAACAAAGAAGAAGAAGAAUAAUAUCAAAUUGUAUGUUAGAAGAGUAUUCAUUAUGGAUGACUGUGAAGAAUUGAUUUCUGAAUAUUUUGGAUUCGUUAAGGGAGUUGUUGAUUUUGAAGAUUUACCCUUAAAUAUUUCAAGAGAAUUCUUGUAACACAACAAGAUCUUAAAAGUUAUCGAAUGAUCACAGAAAUCUGUGAAAAUGCUGAAGACUAUAAGAAAUUCUAUGAAAAAUUCUCAAAGAAUCUUAAAUUAGGUAUCCAUGAAGAUUCAGCCAAUAGAACCAAAUUAAGUAAAUUCCUUAUAUUACACACAUUUAAAAGUGAUUAAGAAUUAGUUUCACUCAAGGAUUAUGUUAGU